AUGAAGACUUUAUUAUAUAAUUUAGUAUUCAUUGUCCUUCUGUUGGCCGUUUUACCAACAGGAUUUGCACAAACCACACAAACCAUACAUUAUUCAAACUUUACCUAUGAUGAAAUAUCUUACCAAGACAAUCUUACAGGAAACCCACCUCACGUCUUGGCUAUUAGACAUUAUCAAAACAAUGCUGAUGUGGCAGUUAUUCGUGUCGGUCGAGUAAAUUAUUACUCUGGAAAUAAUACAUGUUUUGAACAGAGAUUAUUGCUUCGCGUUCUUCAAGGCAACGGAAGUGUUAUUGAAAUAAAUUAUACUAAUACUAGUGAAAUACAGGAUAUCAAUUUUUGCUAUAGAUUCAGGAAUCCUCUGAAUUUUUAUCCGUUAUUUGACCAAUACAUCUUAGUAACGUACACUCAUGCAACUAAUACUUCCGAUAAGACAACAUUUAUGGAUCGAGGAAUGGUUUUAAAUUGGAAUGGAACUGUUGCAAGUUUUAUCGAUUUGGGACCAUCUUAUUUGGAACCGAUCACUAAUUAUAGUUGGUACCCAAAUGAAUAUUUUGUAAAUAAUAUUAAUCCUCAAAUGGGAUUUUUUCGCUUAUCCGCGGUUAAUGGGACAAGAAGUUUCAAAUGGCAACAAUAUGCAUAUGGAAACUACUAUUUACUAUCAAAUGAUACAGUCCCCACUGAUUUCUCUACCAGUUUUCAAGUUACUGUAAUUCAAACCUUGUAUGGUGGAUAUGCAAUUAUCUAUGCUAACACGACCAAUAUUGCUAUACCUUCCAAUAACGCGAAUAGCACGUCAACCGCUCACCUUACCCCGUCCGGAGGAAUAUAUGCACUAAUAUUUAAUUAUAAUCAAACAAAAACACCUAGUAAAAUUAUUUUAUAUGAAUCACAAAUGCAGAAUAUAACAUUCAAUACAUUAUUUUGUUCUGUUGACUUUGCUUCCAUUGGACAUUCUUGUAUUGUGUCCGCAGUGGGUCCGAAAGCUAUUCAAACUCCAACUAACAUUACUACUACAUUCACAACCACUACGACUCCCCCAGUUGGCAUUCCCACAGCUGUACCAGUUACCACUGUUGUACCAGGUCAACCUAUUACUACUUACACCACUGAAUUAUUUUAUGUGAAUAUACGUUUUCUUUCUUCAGGAUCCUUAUUAUCAUUAGAUUCUAUAAUUCCACCACCAAGCAGUGUAACAAAUGUAAAUAUUAGAACAUUGCCUUUUGGAGGAUACGCAACAUUAUGGAGAACUGCUACUGUACUUGCUGCAAAUUACAACUUUAGUCUUUUUGAUGAAAAUAAUCAACUAUCCGAUUAUAACUUUCCAAUAAAUCCAAUUAUCGCGAAUUUAGUUGGCGCAUUUGACAUUUUGCAAAAUAAUACAAUGUUAGUGGCGCAAAAUGAAUCAUUAAACUCUUGGAAUAUUCUUUCAAUACUUAUGCCUAAACUUUCUCCUUAUAAUGAUAAUGGCUAUGGUAAUCUUCAUGUGGGCGCGACAUAUCCUCCAAAUAGUCCACCAAAUGAAUUAUUAAAUAAAAUAUCAUUAAAUAAUAAGGUUAUUAACAUCACAUUUGAAAAUCCUGUUACAUUUGGAACUGGUUCUCUAAAAAUUUUUAGUAUGGAUGGUACUCUUCGGCAGACACUUAAUAUAAGAAAUUGUGAUAGUAGCAAAUGUAAUGCUACUGGCAAUAUAGUCUCACUUAAUGUUUUUGAUUGUACUUUUAAUGAACCGAAUGGCCAAUAUUAUAUACAAAUGGAUAAUAGUUUUGUACUGGAUGCAGAAUACAACGAACCCUUGUUGGGAAUCGAUCCGAAUAAGUGGAUAUUUCAAACAGUUACUAACCAACUACAAGAAAAGUAUGAUGGUGGUAUUCAAGGUGCACUACGAUUAACAGACGAAGGAACUAUACAUUAUCAAAACUUGAGUUCCUCAAAUCAAUCUGACUUUAUCAAUACAUUACAAAAUGAACUCACACUCAUGAUUCCUACAGAAAAAGGCAGAUUAUACUCGAUUAAUAAUAAUACUCAAAAUGAUCCAAAUCAAAAAUCGAGAAUUUUUAUUUCGCUUUCUAUUAAAGGGGCAAAAUCUGGUCAAAAAUUGUUUUCGACUGAUGUAUCGAAAUAUUUAAACUUAUUAAUAAUUAAUAAAGAAACGACGGGUAUAUCAACAGGAACUACCACAAAAUAUUUAGAUGCUUCUUAUGGAUAUCAAAAAAUUCAAUCAGUAGCGGAGUUCUUUGCUGAAAAUCGGUCAAAAUUCAUUAUAUUUAUUGUAGCCAUAGUUCUAUUUUUAUUAAUGUUCUUAGUGGCCAAGAUGAGAACAAGACCGGAGGAUAAAGAUGUAGUAGAAAACAUAGCCAUUCUCCAACUUGGUGUUACCCUAUCUCGUUUUGCCACCUAUAUAUUAUUUGUUAUUUUUGACUCUUCAACUCUUUCAUUUCUUUUUUUACCAAGAUGA